UUUAUCCACUUUGCUUCCAGUUUUGCAGCUUUGUAUGACUUUUGUCCUUCUUAUAACUUAUUCCCAAUAGUACCUUAUACUUUAUCUUCCAAUAUUUUUUUUAAAAUUUAGUUCGGGAGUUUAGGCUUAGAGUACAACGUGGAGGUUAAUAACUGCGCAUCUACACGGUUUCAUGCGCAUUGGGUUUGUAUAGCAGCCAUAGCUACUUUGAAAACUGUUUUUGAGCUAGGGGACAGCCUGGAGUUAUUCGAGAUCUUUUUCUACCUUAAUUCUUUAUUUUACUUACCCUAAAAGCAAGCGCUCGUAGCAUUCCGCUAAGUGUUAAACUGAUGAAUAACUAACGGAAGCCAGUCUGUCCGUUUUAUUGCGUUAUCGGUUAUUCAAUAACGGUUAUUUCAAAACACUGCGGAAUACUGCCUAACGCUUGUGUCGUAUUCGAAUGGCUUGUACUACCUUGAAACGCGCUAAUCCAUUCGAAGAACAGGAGUUCUCGUCCGCGUUAUCCCGUUCGACAUCGAAGCGUGCCUGUUCUUAUUCAACGAUGAACAUGGAAUCUUCCCCUUCGACCUCAAAUGCUCAAGCGACUCCCAAUGUGCUGUCUGGAAAUUUUCCACUUUUAAAUAAUGAUGAUUUCAUCAAGAAGGUUACGAAGGAACUUCAGAAGGGUCACACGGCGAAGAAAAACUCCAAUACUACCCAACAACCAAAAAAUCCUUCCACUGAUCGCGAAUGCGCAAGUAAAGAAGAUGCUAUAUUUAAUUCCCCUCAAGUUCGAUCGCUCUGUGAUCGUUUGCUAAAAGAACGGGAGAUCGAAAUCCGCAGCGAAUACGAUCGUUUGCUGAGUAGCAAGCUUUCUGAACAGUAUGAGACCUUCGUGAAAUUCGCCCAGGAUCAAAUUACCCGCAAAACCCAGCCUGCAGAAGAUUUUUCUUAUUAUUCGUGACUUGAUCCACGCGGGAGUCGCACGCUGCCACUGCAUCUAAUUUCUCCGCUCAGUAUUCCCAGCUGUGUAUGAAAGCAACAGCGCCUUUGUGUGGAUCUUCCCGUUAAAACGACAAUGUGAUGGAAUUUUAUUUUGUUGCCACUCGCAAACCUGCUUUACGACUAGUGACCACUAAACAGUCGUUUGAAUCGAAAAUUUAUUUGGACCAGUUAGCCGAUGUUCUUGUACAGCGUAUGUAUUUUUGUUUUCUGGGCGUAUUGUGGUCAUUGGUAAUUAGUUUGAUGUUUUCUUACAUCCUCGGUUUUGGCUGUCGCGAUGUUGCUAAGAAGCUGGUGUGCAUUAUUUAAUGUUGCCCUUGUUCAUUGAAAAAAAUAUAUCGUGUUUUCUGG